GGACUUUAAACAGAGGUGGAGGGACAGGUGACGCAGCUUACAGACAACUCUCUGCUUCCUGGAAAGAAACAAAGGUGCUACAAAAAUGGCUAAAUUCUUCACACCAGUUCAAAUCAAUGAAUUCAAGGAGUGCUUCUCCUUGUAUGACAAGAAACAAAAGGGAAAGAUUGAUGCUCAGGACCUGAUCACAGUUAUGCGCUGCCUGGGUACAAGCCCCACGUUCGGAGAAAUCCAAAGACAUCUCCAAGUUCACAAAAUCGAAAAGAAAGGUGAGCUGGACUUCUCCAUGUUCCUGACCAUGAUGCAUAGACAGAUGCAACAGGAAGACCCUAAGGCAGAAAUCCUGGAGGCCUUGAGGAUGACAGACAAGCAGAAGAAAGGAUACAUCCAGGCAUCCGAGCUCCGAGCCAAGCUCACCAUGUUAGGAGAGAAGCUUACUAACAAAGAAGUGGAUGAGCUGUUUAAAGAGGCACACGUCAAGUCAGACGGGAUGGUCAACUAUGAAGAGUUCACCCAGAUGGUGACGCUGCCACCUGUCGAUUACUGAUUUUUCCAAGAAAAAUACUUAAAACAACGGCCAUCAUGGGGAAUCUACAUACACCUAACCUGGUACUGACAUGCUGCAUUAAUUCUAUCCAAUGCUGAGAUUGGUGGUUCUCUACUUUCCUCAUGAUUAUUCAGUGAUUAGUUAAUUAAAUGCAGAAAUUCUGGUCAAGCCCAUAAACACCAGCUUGUCUCUGUGUCUGAAAAUAGUAAGUACUGCUGCCACACUGAGUUGUAACAAUCACUUGCCUUGAAUUUUUCCUUUAUUUGAUAGUUUUAGCUGAGGUAAAGACA